CUGUCUGGUAGGCUAACUUGCCCCUCCUGCAGAGGGAGCUGCUUCACUGUGCUCGGAUGGCUAAGCAGACCCCAGCACAGUAUCUGGCCCAGCACGAACAGCUGCUGCUGGAUGCCAAUGCCAGCUCUCCCCUGGACUCCUCUGAAAUCAUGCUGGAACUCAAUGAGCAUGGCAAGAGACGUACCCCGGACAGUUCCCCAGUAGCUGUCCAUAUGUCAGUGAUGUGUCCAGAUGGUGAUCUUGCUGAACCCCUGCUUGAGCUGAUCCGGGGGGAGGGAUGACUAGAGAGAGAGAGAGAGACAGAGAAAAAGAGAGUGGUGGGGGUAGAGGAAUGGGCAAUCCCCUACUGUAAUCCAUACACCUCCAUCUCUGAAGCCUAGGCUUACCAUAUCACGGCAGGAGCCCCAGCUGUUGCUUUGAUUUGUGGGAAAUCUGGCCACAACUGCAGAAAUGCUGCAAAAGGUUGGAAGUUUUUGGGUUGGUUGUGGAGGCGGGCAUGAUGGGGUGUUGAACAUGCAGCCAGAUUCAGAUGUCCAAGCCAACUGCACUCUACUCUCAAGUGCAAGAAAACAAGCUUGCACAGUCCUCGCACACACAUGUAUUUCAUGCACGCAGAAGGGAGAGGAGCUUUAGCCCUGAAUGCCUGGCUGCUGCACUCACCUAAACAGAUUAUUAUCAACACUGCAGCACAGGCCAGCCAGAUGGCUCCAAAACGCCAGUGUCACUGAACAUCUGCCAAAGGGAGCAGCUCUCACAGUACAGCAGCU